CGAGGCGAGGCGAGGUGAGGUGAGGUGAGGUGGCCCCCACGACGACAGCGGCAGCUACUACUACUGCAGCUAAGGUCAAACCGCGCACGCUCGACGAUCGAUCCAUAUCGAGUCGAUUAAACCUCUCUCUCCCUUCGCAUCCUUGCAUUUGCACGCCUCUCACAGUGCAGUCUCCUGACUUUGUUCCUAAUCAAUUUUGCACGCCCGCGCUCGCUCAUCCACUUUUAAUUGCAGCCGCGGCUCGAUCCUUCUCGUGAUAUAUCCUCGAUCGGCGCGGCGUUCAUUGCACCAUCAUGCCAUCGCAACAAGAAGCGUCUGCAGCAGCGCCAGACCCCAGACAAGCUACGGUGCUGUAUAAGAUCUUGCUGCCAUCCGAGGCCGAGCAGCUGCCGUCGAUCAAGUGGUCGGGCACGCAGCUGGAUCAAAAAGAUGGCUUCUUGCAUUUCUCAUCCAAGCAUCAACUGCCAGGCACCUUGUCGCGCUUCUUUGCGCACGUCGAAGAGGUCGUCAUCUGCGCCUUGCCGUUGAGCACGCUUGCGCUGGGCGAAGCAGCAGCAGAGGACCGGCCGCGCCGCACUUUGCAAUACGACCAAUCGCACGGUCAAUUCUUUGGACACAUUUAUGGCAUGAUCGACCCCGAGACACACCUUGUUUGGCGUCGCACCUACAGAAGCGCGGCGGGCGGGUGGGAUAGCGUGGAUGUGUCUGACCUCACUUUCUGAGACGCCAUGAAACGAUUCACAAUUGCGAUUGCGAUCACCCAGCAGGUCAGCCAGGCCACGACAUGCCAUGACACGCACAAAUGGGCCUCGAGCAACCACCUGCGACGUUGAGUGCAUGGCGGUGACAUGAGACCUCGUGAAAGUGUGAUUUGCCAGUCUUCGUUACACAGGCAUCCUUUGCCUAAUGUUGUGUCCAGCAGACCACGCUUGCGCGCGCCGCACCUCCACGAUCGUCGUGGUAAGCGUAAUCUUAUGUGUGCAGAC